AUGCCUAGCCAAUACGACGAGGAACGUGUUUGGGAGGGACAAAAUCAAAACCACUACGAAGAUGACGGCACCGAAGAUGUUAUUGAUAACCCAGAAGAAGUAUUACAAGAGUGCCUUGAAAAAUUCAAAACCCCUGACUACAUUAUGGAACCUGGUAUAUUCGGUCAGCUCAAACGGUACUUUCAAGCAGGUGGAAAUCCAGAACAAGUAAUUGAACAAUUGUCAAUAAACUACAAUGCUGUUGCACAAAUGGCAAACUUAUUGGCUGAAUGGCUUAUACUUGGAGGAGUAAAAGUGACUGAAGUGCAAGCAAUGGUGGAAAAUCAUUUGAAAGACAUGAUAUUGAAAACUUUCGAUCCGAAAAAAGCUGAUACAAUAUUUACCGAAGAGGGUGAAACUCCUGCCUGGUUGACUGAAAUGAUUGAACAUCCUACUUGGAGAUCACUUAUUUAUAGACUAGCCGAAGAGUACCCCGACUGCUUAAUGCUGAAUUUCACUAUAAAGUUAAUAUCAGAUGCUGGCUUUCAAGGUGAAAUUACAAGUAUAUCUACAGCAGCACAACAAAUUGAAGUAUUUUCCAGAGUUCUAAAGUCAGCAAUUGUAGGAUUUUUGCAAAGUUCUGACCAAUGGCAGAACAGUGUUACAGAGUGUGCUAAAAUGGUGUGUCAUGGAGCCCACACUUAUGUUUAUAGUCAAGUCAUUGUACACAUUCUGUCCCAAGAACCACGAGGGGGUGCAAUUAUGAAAAGAUUGAACCAAGAAAUAACUCGAUGUGCUCAGGAGAGUGGUCACGAUGUCACCCCAAUAACACUAGCGUUAACCCCUGGCGAGUCUUGGCGUAAUGCUCGGACAGCACUGGCAGCCAUGUUAUCUAGAGGAGCUCUAAACCCAGCUGAUAUAACAGUACUAUUUCGUGCAUACACACAACCAGAUCCACCACCUGUACAUUUAUUAAGGAUUCCACAUUUCUUAGAACUGCUUGUGGACUCAUUAUUCAAAUCAGGAAGCAAACUUAAUCCAGAACACAAACCCAAGUACAUGCAUUUAUUAGCAUACGCUGCUAGUGUUUGUGAAGGUCCGACCCCUGGUAGACCAAUUAAAGAUGAGUUGAAAGCAACAAUGCAAGCUAUUGAAAAAAUUCAUACAGUUUGCACUAGUUCAGCAAGUUCCAGUGAACUUUUAGCUGAAUUACCAGCCCUUUACCAUUGUAUAAGAUUUCCAGUAGUAGGAAUGGGUGUUCUGGUGUGGGUGGAGGGUGUAGUAACCGAGAAGUCUUACUUCAAAUUGUGCACUGAACAUUGCCCAGUCCACUUGGCACUGCUUGACGAAGUCGCUUCCUGUCAUCCUCUACUACAUCACAGACUUUUAAAGCUACUAGUACAGUUGUUUGAAUCUCCACAAGAUGAAUUGGAGAUUUUAGUGCAGUUGGAAUUAAGGAAAAUGCUGUUAGACCGUAUGGUCAAUUUGCUAAGUCGUGGAUGCGUCGUGCCAGUGCUGCAAUACAUCAAAUUAUGUUGGCAGCGAGAUGACACUGAUAUAUCACUUAUAAGAUAUUUUAUAACAGAGGUUCUUGACGCUAUAGCUCCACCAUACACACCUGAAUUUGUACAACUUGUCUUACCAAUGGUGGAAAAUGAGGAUAUAACUGGAACAAUGAGAGCUGAAGGUGAAAAAGAUCCUGUAUCUGAGUUUAGAGUUCACUGCAAAGCACAUGUAGUGGUUUGA